AACCGAACUAUCGUUCUUCACCACAAGGGAUAACGAUUUAAAUUUUUCAUCAUCAAAUUACAUUUACAGGAGGAAUUUUAUUAUAGCACAUUGGAGAUUGUGGAAUUUUGUAUAAUACGAUCAAGUUGUUAAAAUAAUAAUAAUAAUUAACGAACAAAAUGAGUGAAUUAUUCCGUAGUUAUGAAGAUGAAUAUUUCGAAGCCUCCAACGGAAUUAAACGUUCUUUGGCCGAGUUGAAGAGUGUAUCUGGAGAUGCCAAGAAGAGAGUUGUUCGUAAAAUCGAAAAGGAUCUCGACACUGCAAACAAACAAAUUAAACAAAUGAACCUUGAAAUGACAAGUACUGCCAAUCCUCAAGAAAAGGAAAAUUUAAAGAAAAAGUUAAAGACAUAUGGACAAGAUUUAACCAAUCUUAAAAAGGAAUUUGAAGGAGCCAAAUCAGAUAACAAUAGAAAUAGAGAUGCUCUAUUCUCUGGAGGCUAUGAUGAUGAUCUUCCAUCAGCAAGUGAUGAUUACAGAAAUAGACUAGUUCAAUCUACUCAAGUAUUGGAAAGAUCAAAUGAAACUUUGGAUCGUGCCAGUAAAAUUCUCGAUGAGACUGAACAAAUGGGUGUUGAAACAGCAGGUACAUUGAGAGAACAAGGAGAACGUAUGAAAAAGACUCGUGACAAACUCUAUGAUGUUGAUUCUCAAAUCAAACAAGGUGGUAGAAUUCUUGGAAGAAUGUCAAGACGAGAAGUUUUGAUCAAGGUCAUUAUCAUUGCUGUCAUUCUCUUCUUAUUGCUCAUUAUUGGUAUCAUUUUAUUCUUUAUUUUCUAUGGUAUCUUUAAGCCAUCCAAAUAAAUUGUCAAAUAUUAAUUUUCUU